AUGCAUCGCCCUACCCUCGCGUUCUUGUUGAGCAAUGCCCUGGUGGCAUGGGCGAAGACUCCCGAGGGCUUCGAGCCCGCCUCCAACGUCGAUCUCAUUGUUGCCUACGGUGACCAGUCUGGGCUCAACGGCGUGGACCUGGCCAAAAGCUUGACACAACAGGAGCCUACAGUCGGCACGACCGAACCUCUGACCGGCAAAAGCUACGCCAUCAUCAUGGUCGACAUCGAUAUUCCUACCGCGAGCCCUCCCACCACCGGCACCUUCUUGCACUGGGCCCAGGCCGACCUGACGCCGAACGCGCAGACCACCACAGUCAAGCUGAACGACGGCGAGCGCACUAUCCACACUCUGAGCACCAACUCGAACGCCAUCGCGCCCUACAAAGGCCCCGCGCCGCCAGCGAGAGUCCCCCUCACGCACCGGUACAUCGAGCUGCUCGUCGACACCAGCGACAUCACGGCGGACGGGACGGCAGCUCUGCAGACGUUGUCAAAUCGUCAGGGCGUUCAGGUCAACGAUGUGCUCACCACCGCCGGACUGGCCAACAAGGUGGUGGCCGGCAACUUCUUCACCGUCACCAACCCUGGACCCGCAGCGAACGCGAAGAACAGCAACUCCACCACGGCUCCCACUGGUGCUGUGACGCCCUCCUCGGUUUCAUCCAGCCCUUCUUCAGGACAGAGGUCGACAACUCUAUCAAACACAGCAGUGCUGGGUGCCAUGGCUGUUGGUCUUUUCGGCGCAAUCGCAGCCUCAUUCUAA